UACUGUGACCAAGCAGUUUGCCUUUUAAAUAAAUAAAGUUAGAAUCUUAUGUUGAAAAGAGAGAAAACUUAAAUUUAGAACGCAGGAGGCAGAUGGUAAGCAAACAAAGAUCUUUAUUUAACACUGAGCUGACAAAGUGCCCUUUAAAAUUGAAAUAUUUAAUUUAUUAGGGACUUCUUUUCUUUUCUUUUUCUUUUUAAAGUUUUGACUAUUUUUAAAUGACUGACUUAUUGACUUAUUUGUUACUGUAAAUACAUUCUUAACUCAACUAUUUAUUGAUGGGUCAGUCUUUCAUUAGUCAAUUUUGAUAUAUUUAUAUUAUUUUUAGAUUUCAUAUUUUCAUAGAUGAUCUAUGGGAUGUCCAUUAAAACACAAAAAAUAAAUCACUGUGUAAUUGACACUUUUAUUUGUACAUUAAUAGGUAUAAUUGUAAUAAGAUUAAAUAAUGCCUGUUUAUAUUGCAACAAUUAAUUAUUGGUACGUAAGAUGUUUUAGUUUUCCUUCUGGUCCUCCAUACAAAUACAUAUGUUUACUAUAAUGCCCAGUAAUCACUGCUCACUGGGCUCAUACCACAGUGUCUUAUUGCAGCUGUGCAUUUGGGCCAAAGGUCACCUAGAGGUGUUCUAGAAUGUUCUAGAAUGUUGUUGUCACAAAGUCAGAAUUCUGUUGUUCUUCCCUCUGUCUAACAUUCUUCAUUCUUCAUCUCAAAGUCACUUCGUUUACUUGCGUAUCGAGGAUUUUCUGAGAGCUUUAACACGUUUCACCUGACCCGUUGUAACACAUUCAUCAUUUUAGUUUAGUCAGUUCUGUAUUCAGACAGCCUAUCCUAUCCAUGGCGUUCACUGAAGGAAGUAGAGGCAUCUACAGCCCCAUCAGGGUAAGGAUCAGUUCAAUUGUCUUCAGCCUGAUUCUAAACAUUUCCAGAUGUAGGUAAUACAAAAUAAGAGGAGAAGAAUGAUCUAAUGAACAAAUUGACCUUUUUUCCACAGGUGUUCUUUGACACCAUCGUCUAUGAGCGGCCUCUUCAGAACUGCUGGCAUCACGGCUCCUACAAGUGUUAUGUAAGAUCCUCCACAGUUUCAAGUCUUCUAUAUCUAUCUCUAUAUAAUAUAUACAAGAUAAGGCAUUAACCCGUCUGAUCUCUUGUUUUAUUUAGAUUGCACUUAUUGCUGAACUUUUGCGGCUUCAACAGAACAAACAGCUCCCAACUAACAUAUCUGUUGAAGACAUGAUUGAACUGCUGAUGGAGGAGAGCAAGAAGACUCUCAGAAUCCAGAUGUGGGAGUUUGAAAUGGACGGCUUCCAUAAGACCUACGCCAAACCUCUUGCCCAGCUGGUGUGGGAAGUGAGCAACAGCAUGAAAAAUAGAGAUGUGGAGUUUGAAGCCAGAAGGUUCCUCCACACCUCAGAGCCCAUGCCUCACAACUUCCAACAUCCCAUGAUCAUCAGCCAGGCCAAGGAGUUUGCCAGGAGGCUGACAGAGCAGCAGUGUGAGGCCCCCAGCUCCAAACAGCCUGAACCAUGGGAGGUGGUGGCGGAGGUGGUUCCCAAAGUCCUGCAGGGCUUCUGGGACCUUCCUCCAGGCACUUGUGUUGACAUGCCCUCCAAGAAGCUCUGUAAAAUGGCUGUUGGAGUCACAAAAGCUGUAGAGGACCGGGUCUACGCUGCUCUGUCGUCCAUAUUUGUGCAGUUCACGUACACUCGCACCAUACGAGACGACAUGGCCCAGUCUAUCCAGGACAAAGUUAGACAGGCCUACACCGAAGACGUCUUGAAGAAGAGUCUCAGCCGGUUUGCUGCAGAGUUGCUGAACACCAUUGUUGAUGUCACAGUGGAAGAAAUCUGUUUGUUGUUCCCUCCAGAUUGUCUUGUCACCACUGCUGAACCACCAGUGCUAUUGUACAGUACCCUGGAUGCAACAGAGCAACGGGAGUCGCCCAUUCCUGUCGUCCACCAAACCCAGACUACAUCUGCUGUGGCUCCACCCCCUCCACCUGCACCUGCACCUACAAUCACUGCAGAUGAACCUCCAGCCAGCGUUCAGCUUCCAUUUGGGUUUUCAUUGUUUUAUUUUGGUUUCAUUUGUUUUCAUUUUUAUUUCGCAGUCCAUUCAUGUAGUUCAUUUUCUGUGGCGUAUUUCGCGUCAUUUCCGUGCAUGGCAUUUUUGUUCAUGUUCAUUUUCUUUAGUUUAGUUUCAUUUAGUUUCUAUUCAGUUUUAUUUAGCUUUCAUUGUUUCUCGUUUUACUUCAAGUUCAUUUACAUUUUUGUUUUCAUUAUUCAUUUAAUUUUCAUUUUGUGUUAUUUAGUUUGAAUUUGUUGUGUUUUUUUGGUGAUGUUGAAAAAGCUGACUGCCUCUGUUGGGUCUGAACUGAGCCCACAAAAGACUCUACUGUAGUUUCAACUCCACCAUUUUCAUUUAGAAUUUUUUUUUAUUAUUAUUUAAUUGUUGCUUUAUUGGUUUUGUUUCAUUGUUAUUGCAUUUCAAUAAAUGGUUCCAUUCAGAUUAUUUUGAUUUUCAUGUGACUGUGAGUAGUAAUUUGUCGUCCCCCUUUCCCUGUGACAACUCGAAUCAGUAAUAGAUCAUGAAAAAAAUGUUUGUGCUUCAUUUUGAUUGAACUGACCCUGUGUAAUAAAGAACCGUGGUAUAGGCACAUCCAGCAUGAGCUCAACAACACAGCCGAUAUGUAACAUUCAACUCUUUACCGGUGAACUAAUUAGCACUACGAAGUUUUCUGCUAAUGCCGUUGUUGUUUUCCUUCCGUACUUGCCGACAAAAACAAACUUUGCUGACGUGCACAAAAUUGUGCUUACUGAGGAACACGUUUCAGGUGCAAAUUUGAUUGUAAUCUGCAAAGUGCGCAGCACUGACCUAUAGAGACAGUGAGUACCAGUAGUGAGGCUGAGAUGAAGAUUUGGAGUGUGUUGGCCCAACUUUUAGAUAUGUGUCAGAGUUAUAAAAACUUAAUUAAGAAUUGUCACGGGUUGCACUUUGGCUUGUCACUAUUAUUCCAUAAUUUCCUGAUUGUAGUUACAUGAGCAAGCCCUUAUCAUAUUCCAUAAUUAUUAGAAUAGUUUUUGAUUCACCAGAAUUAAAACAGCCGGAGGAAACAAACUCCCAUCAGUGUUCCUACAUUGUUUUCUAACAUCUCAUGUUAUCUGCUGUGGUUUAAUGGCACCUGAGGGGAAAAUCAGUGCCGCCACCUGUUUAUCUUGAGGCACGUAACUUUGAACAUUGCGAUGGCAAUUACUGAAAUUCAGCCGUGCAAUACGGGGCUGUAAAAAUUUGACACAGACUAUUAAAUCGCACGCUACAGUUUUUUUGCACGUCGUACUGUCUUGGUGAAUCUACUGCGGAGUCCGAAAGUCUGAGACAACAUAAAACCUUCCUAUAAAAAACAUUUCAGAUUCUGAAAUAAAUGAGUUCAUUAAAGCAGCAUUCGGAUGAUCCCGAGGUGCAUUUGAUCUACACAACAGAUGCUUGUUUAAUUAAAUCCACUUUCAGCCAGUAAGCGCAUUUACAUGCAGAGCUUAAUCGAGCUAUACUACAGUCCUUGUCCCAGUUUACAUGCAGCGGAGAAAAUCGGAUAACUGACGGGAACACGUCCACCUCCUCCACACUAGAUGGCGAUAUAUGUCUUUACAGAGGGAUAAUAUCAUGUUAAUACAGCCCCCUUUCUGGUUGACAUUUUAUGUCAUAUAAUAAGCAAACGCGGUUCAUGUGGCAGACCAGUAUUUCAAACAACAACCAGAUGGAUGACAGUUCAGCUUUUUGAAUCUCGUACAUAAUGUGUGCACUACUGUUGGUGCCGAUAAGAUAUGCACUAUCCCUCAGAUGGUUCUUCUACCGGCUCUCUUUACCUUCUUCUUCUGCGACCGGCUGGAUGUUUUUGUUCCACGGUCUCACGCCAGCGCAGUGGCUGUGGAGCAUGCUGCUGUUGUAGUCUGAUUAAGUGUAUACAUGCCGGAGAAAUCCGAAUUCCAAUCGCAUUAUCUGGGUGUCUUGAUCGGAUAAGUAGAGACGAUUUUACAUGCACUUAAGUUGUCCGGUUAGAGUCCGAUUAAGGCAAUAAUUGUUUUUUUCCCGUGCAUGUAAGGGGACUGAUUGACCACCUGUUAUAACUCAAUUGUGUCACAACUGCCUUUGGCUUUUUAGGCCAGAAUAGCUCCAUGUAUUACAAUGAAUAUAAAUUGCAGUGUGAUAAUAAAAAUACCUGAAAAACAAAUUAGGUUGGAACAACAAAAGAGGGUAACAUCAAAGAAGCAAACAAAACAUCCAGGCCUUAAUUCUAGGACCAUCAUAUUGUAUAAUGAGAGGGA